AUGGCAAGCGUAGCUCAGGUUCCAGCCUGGCAGGUGUCCCGCUCGCAUUUGCAGCAGGAUGUUUGGAGAGUGCGCCAGUUGCACCAGUCAGCAGGUGGGCAAGGAUUUGUGCCAAGAGUCUGGCUCACAGUCGGAUGUCUUCCAGUUCUGCAGAAGGCCAAAGAAAAGGCCACAGCACCUGUGUGGCUGCACAAAGUCGCUGUCAAGUCAGGUGAAGUUCGAGCUCAAUCAGGUAGAUGGAAAGGCUGCAAGCCCGUUCCAACAGCGAUAACAGUCGGCGUCGGUCUCUUUAUUCGCUUCAUGCUGCCAAUACCAGAAGGUGUUUCCCAACAGGGCUGGUCAAUCCUGGCGCUCUUCGUGGCGACAGUCUUGGGCAUUGUCACACGACCGUUGCCAGCACCAGGUGUGGCAUUUUGCUCCCUUGCCGUUGGUUUGAUGUCUAAGACGCUAACAUUCAAAGAAGGAGUUGCGGCUUUCACAGAUGAGGUCUUAUGGCUAGUUGUCCUGGCAUUCUUCUUCACGAAGGGCUUUGCCAAAACUGGCCUUGGAGAACGCAUAGCUCUGAGCAUAGUUCGGAUGGUGGGCGGCACCACCUUGGGCUUGGCAUAUGGCUUGAACUUGGCAGAAGGAGUGCUGGCGGCUGGGAUGCCUUCUUCAGCGGCUCGGGCCGCCGGAGUUAUGUAUCCUUUGGUCGACUCAGUGGCCAAGGCUUGUAGCGGAGACAAGAGAGACAAUACAGGCGGAUUCCUGAUACAAAGUGCUUUUCAAGCGACAGGUAUCUCCUCGUCUCUUUGGCUUUACGGUGCAGCCACCAACCUCUUGAUGUUGAGGUUGGCUGCUGAGUUGGGCUAUGUGGUGAAUGCACCUUUCAUGAGCUGGUUGAAGGCCAGCUGCGUUCCAGCCUUGACUGCUAUGGCCUUGACGCCCCUGGUGGCCUUCACGGCAAUGCCUCCAAAGGUGAAGGUUACGCCUGAAGCACCGAAAGCAGCCGACAGGAAGUUGAAGGAGAUGGGACCGAUGUCAGCGGACGAGGUGAUUCUUGUCGCUGUUAUAGCAGGUAUGCUCGUACUUUGGGCUGGUUCCUCCACCUUCGGGAUUCCUGCUGUGCAUACAGCAGUCCUGGGAUUGAGCGCGCUGCUCGUCACGGGAGUGCUCAGAUGGUCUGAUUGUGUCAGAGAAGAGGGGGCAUGGACAACCAUGACGUGGUUCGCCAUCCUCGUGAGCAUGAGCGCCCUGCUGAACAAGCAUGGUGUUGUGAGGUGGCUUGCAGCUGAGCUGGCUCUGAAGAUCAAUGCUUUGGGGCUUUUUGGAGGUCAGGCCUUCAUGGUACUGCUCUUGAUCUACGUGUUUUUACAUUACGUCUUCGCAUCGCAGGCAGCCCAAAUCAGCGCGUUGUAUUUACCGUUCGUUGCCAUGAUGGUUGACACUGGCACUCCUCCAUUGGCAGCUGUGUUUGCGUUGGCUUUUGCCUCGAACUUGUUCGGAUCCAUCACACCGUACUCAUCAGCGCAGGCGCCAGUUUUCUUUGGCGGCGGAUACGUUUCCCUGAAAGACUGGUACAGGCUGGGGUUCAUAUUCAUUGUCUUCAACAUCGCUGUGUGGGUUUCUGUUGGCGCGCUGUGGUGGAAGGUCAUUGGUUUAUAUUGA